AUGGUUUUUAUUCAGAUCGACAUUAUGAAGUAUGUGGCUGUAAACUCCGCUACAGCACAUCCGCACUAUGGAGAAGACGGCGUGGUGUAUAACAUGGGGUCAAGCUUCGGUUUUAGAAGUAACUACAACAUCAUUAAGAUGGUCAAAGCAAAGAAAGGGGACAAUGCCAACCCGUUUGAAAAGGCAACCGUUCUCUGCAGCAUUCCGGCCUCCACCUGCAACCCGGCCUAUUUCCACAGCUUCGCACUAACCAAGAACUACGUCGUGUUUCUAGAACAACCCUUUAACGUCAAUGUCCUGAAGAUACUUACUUGCAAAUUACGCGAAGUUGCGAUGAGCUCCAGUUUAGAGUUUCAUCCUGACGAGAAGUGCCGUUUCCACAUUGUGAACAUCCAUACCGGUCACUUGAUCACAACCAAGUACCUAGCCGACUCCUUCUUCUGUUUCCACUUCAUCAACGCCUACGAGGACCAAGGUCACGUGGUAGUGGAUCUGUGCAGCUACAAUGACGACACCAUUAUUAAGUAUGCGACGUUGGAGUCGACAAGGUCUGGUAGUGCUUCCUCACUCGAAGGAUCCCUGCGACCCGUUCGCUUCGUUCUCCCCCUGAUAUUGGAUGGAAAUUCCGACAAACUUGUUACCUUGGCUGACAGUUUAGCCACAGCAAAGCUCGUUGGGAAAGACACGGUGAUGUGCACGCCCGAGGUGCUCUGUGAGGAGGGAACGUUUGAGCUUCCUCAAAUAAACUACGACGGCUACAAUGGUCGACCAUAUAGAUACGCGUACGGCGUCGUAACACAUCAUCUUCGCCAGAUUUCCAAAAUUGACAUCAAAACUAAGAGUCGUGUCCUCUGGGGCUCAGAGUCGGGAUCGUGUUACCCUUCGGAGCCAGUCUUCGUCCCUAACCCCAACGGCGUGGAUGAAGAUGAUGGCGUUGUUCUGUCUCUUGUGACUGACGUAUCCCCGCCCGCCAAGUCGACGUUUCUUGUCGUCUUAGACGGGAAGACGCUUGAAGAAGUUGCUCGUGCUGAAGUGAAGGAUCUACCUUUCGGAAUUCAUGGGAUGUUCGUCAACGGGUUCAAUUCAACGUAGUUAUGAUUUCGUGAUUGCCUGUUUGUUCAUUUUUUUUCUUUUGGGGUGUGUGUUUGUUUGUUUGUUGGGGGUUUAGCUGGUAACUUAUACUCUGGUUAGCAGUAUUUUGUUAUGCUAAGCAGCAUGAAAACUGGGUCAUGCUUGUUACACAACUUGCACGCAGCUUGCAAUACACAAACUUC